UCGUCAAUUGAUUUAAAAUAAAAAUAUCUGAUUGGUUGGUUCAGGGGAAAACUGCAGGCAUCGGGGGCUGUGAGUGGCUGUGGUCAAUCGCUAGACUACGACGGUCCUUACCCGCAACUUUCGGAUGUAAACAAUGGAAAACAUAACCUAAUAACCUAACCUAUUUCACAGGCUGAAAUAUCUCGCGAAAAGGUGGCAGAUUUGUUUAAAAGAAACUGGAACAACCAGUUGGAGACACGGCAAUAAGUUUAAUCUUAUCCCGAACAUUUAAAAAACUAAUUUAUCUUGCGUUCUUUAGUUAAAGAACAUUAGUGUGAAACCUCUAAAAAGUUAACCUAAAAGCUGGACUUUUCAAUAAGAGAAAUAAAAGAGUAAUAUAAAUGCAAUUAGAAAAAGAAAGCACACGAAGUCAUUAGUAAGAAGAGAACAAAGAACUGGAUGUGCCAAAAGCCGAAGAACAAGUAUUCGGUAUUGAUGGAACGUUAAAAAAUAUUCCCAUUUAAAAAAUCCAUCACUCAAAUGUCAUUGAUGAUGUUUCAUGAAAGGAUGUUAAUAUUUCGCACGCGAUGUGAAAUAUCGCCAUGGGCUAAGUAACGCUUUCUGAAAUUUUCCGCAAGAAAACUGAAAUAGAACAGAGGAAGAUACGAAGAGAAAAAUAUACUAACACUGAUAUACAUGUACCGUACUGGAUUAAAAGGGAAUAGCUUCAUACAAGAGGAGGAAUAAAAGUAAAGCGAGGAAACUUUGAUUAUUAUUGCAAUAUCGAAUGUCAACCAAGAUGCCAGUUUAUCAAGAGGCUGAACAAAUCCAAGCGCAGACGAUUAUUGUUAUCCACCCGGGCUCGAUGUAUCUUCGUAUGGGCCGUGCUUCUGACUUGAAGCCCAUUACGUUGCUACACGCCGUCGCAAGGAGACGUUUGUCAAAUGGAACAAAAUACAAGGAUAGUCUCUUACCUCCAACCGUGACACUGACAAAGGAGCUAACACAAGCGAUGGAAGAGUCUCGGUUGCAAGUGUCCCAUACGCUGCAGUCCUGCUUGCAGUCCGACGGUAGUCGAAGAUAUGCUACACCUCCGCAGCAAAUAGCCGCUUUCAAUCGUAGAUCUAGUCCAGAAAUCUCCUCUCCCGGUAACAUGAAGUGGACAACGACCGAUCGUGAUAUAGUUGUCGGUGACGACAUCCUGUCGUUAGAUCCAGAGGAGGAGUGCAAUUUUAAUGUCCAUUUUCCAUACAGAAGAGGGGAGCUUAAUAUACAUUCGAAUACGGGUGGCAGCAUAACGGCUGUCAUGGCAGAUUUAAAGACCAUCUGGGAAUAUGUGCUAGCUGAGAAGUUGGAUAUUCCUUUGAAAGAUUUAAAGCACUAUCGCGCCGUGCUUGUUAUACCUGAUAUUUAUCAUCGACCAUAUCUAAAGGAAUUAACAACGCUGUUGUUGGACGAGAUUGGUUUUGGACGCUGCAUUUUAUUGCAAGAUCAUGUAGGCGCGAUGUUUGGAGCGGGUUUGGGCUACGCAUGUAUAGUAGAUGUUGGGGCUCAGAAGAUAUCGGUAUCCUGCGUGGAGGAUGCAAUCUCUCAUAAGGAUACGCGUGUGCGUAUGGAUUACGGCGGCGCAGAUGUCACACAGACGUUUUUCUGGCUCUUACAGAAAUCCGCAUUUCCGUACAAAUCGUGCGAUUCUAUCAACAAGUUGGACGCGCUGCUCUUGGAGCAGCUAAAGAUUGAUUUUUGUCACGUGGAUUUAAAUGUGUGUGGGUCACAGGAGAAAACCUUCGUUGUCAGAAAGCCGAAACAACAAACGGAAACGUAUACUAUGCAGGUUGGCGAUGAAUGUUUAAUAGCACCUUUGAGCUUGUUUCAACCUGAACUGUUCAGAGUUACUGGAACGCAUAAUGUUCAUGUUCAAAAACGAUCAUUAGGAGACCCGGAAGACCCUUACGAUGAGAAUUAUUUAAGAGAAACAAGUAGACGUGGGAUGAAAGAAACACUGGAUCAUUCGUCAGAAAUGCAAGAGGAGACGGCGGCUAUACCUGCAGCUGUAGGCGACGAUGAAGUUGUAGUUGACGCCGUUGGUGAUCCUGUACCUAGUUUGUCAAAUCGCGACUUAGACGCUCCCCGAGAUUUCGUGAUCCCGCAACAACUGUUGGGUCUUGAUCAAGCCAUAUUGCAGAGUAUCGAGCGAUGUCCUAACGAAGAUCUCAAAAGAAAAAUGUACAGUUGUGUGUUAGUCGUGGGAUCGGGCUUGAAAUUUAAAGGUAUCGGCAUGUGGCUUCGCAACCGAAUAUCUCUUCAAAUUCCUUACAUGUACAGGCCCGAACAACUAGAUAUUAUAACACAGCCGAAGGAUAUGGAUCCCGGUAUGACGACAUGGAAAGGCGCGGGGAUCUUAAGCUGUUUGGAAUCUGCUCAGGAAUUGUGGAUCACUCGAACCGAGUGGCAUCGCUGGGGCGUUAGAAUAUUAAGAGAAAGAUCUCCUUUCUUGUGGUAGAAAAUA